GACAGUCUGGGCUGCAGGGCGUGAGGGGGGUGUCCCUACAGCCAUUUGUGCUGUUUUCCAUAUGCCGUCUGACUGCCUCAGGACCCAUGGCCUGUGAUUCCAGUGCAGCCCUGGCUCCACACCGUCAGCUGCCUGCGGAGCAGCCCCGUACAGAGCGGGCACUGGGUUCACACAGCCCCAUAGGGCAGUGUCCCUCAGAGCUGUCACCGCUGCUGGUCAUGAGUCCAGCCCAGGAGCCAACCCCUGAGCUGCUCGCAGACCCCUACGAGAGCUUCAUGCAUCACCACCUCCAGUACUACGGCUACUUUCGAGGUUCUCUCAUGCUGAAGGCCGCACUUCUCAAGAGCAAACAGCUUCUGUUCAAUCACCUUGAGGGCCCUGGGGUUCCACGCCUGCGGGAGCCACGGGGUCUCUUUGCUGUGCCCACCUCGAGAGGCCCCCUGCAGGCCCCACGCUGGCCAGUGGAGUGUGAAGUCAUCAAGGAGCAAAUCCAGCACAUCGAGUGGGUGCCACCUGAACCAGAGCCGUUCUAUCAGCCCACAGGAAACGAGCCGGCCCCACUAAUCGUUGGGGAGGAGAAAGGAACCGUGGUCUAUCACAUAAAGCCAGUGGCCAAAGGCUCCUAUUUCACCUGCUCGCGUGUUGGAGGUGCACGGGGGCCCAUCACGUCACCCGCCAUCAGCUUGGAAGGUCCAGAGGACACCACCUUGCUCUUUGAAUCCAGAUUUGAGAGCGGGAACCUCCAGAAGGCCGUCCGAGUAGGCCCAUACGAGUACGAGCUGACACUGCGCAUGGACCUGUACACCAGCAAGCACACCCAGUGGUUCUACUUCCGGGUCAGGAACACCAGGAAAGGCAUCACCUACCGCUUCUCCAUUGUCAACCUGAUGAAGCCCAAAAGCCUGUACAGCAUGGGGAUGAAGCCGCUCCUGUACUCUCAGAGGGAUGCACAGACCCGUGGCGUGGGCUGGCGGAGAGAGGGGGGCGACAUCCGGUACUACCGGUGCAGCUCCGAGGAGGGCCAGGCAAUGUAUUGUCUCACGUGGACGGUGUGCUUCCCCCAUGACCAUGACACCUGCUACUUUGCCCACUUUUACCCCUAUACCUUCUCGGACCUGCAGCGCUACCUGCUGGCAGUGGCCAGCGACCCGGUUCGCUCGCAGUACUGCAAGCUGCGGGUCCUGUGCAGCAGUCUGGCCGGCAACACCGUCUACCUUCUCACCAUCACCAGCCCGUCUCAAAACCCCACUGCCACUGCUGCCAAGAAGGCUGUAGUGCUGAGUGCCAGGGUGCACCCUGGGGAGACCAACGGCUCGUGGGUCAUGAGGGGUUUCCUAGACUUCAUCCUGAGCGACUCCCCUGAUGCCCAGCUUCUCCGUGAGCUCUUCAUAUUCAAGGUGGUGCCCAUGCUCAAUCCAGACGGGGUGAUCGUGGGGAACUACCGCUGCUCGCUGGCCGGGAGAGAUCUCAACCGCAACUAUCAGACCGUCUUGAAGGAGUCCUUCCCUUGCAUCUGGCACACCCGGCGCAUGAUCCAGAGAGUCCUGGAGGAGCGGGAGGUUCUGCUGUAUUGUGACUUCCAUGGGCACAGCCGCAAGAACAAUGUCUUCAUGUACGGCUGCAACAACAAGAGCACUCCUGCCCAGCGGCUCCACGAGCGCAUCUUCCCACUCAUGCUCAGCAAGAAUGCCCCUGACCAGUUUUCUUUCCACAGCUGUAAGUUUAAGGUCCAGAAGAGUAAAGAGGGGACGGGCCGGAUUGUGAUGUGGAGGAUGGGAAUCCCCAACAGCUACACCAUGGAGUCCACCUUCAGCGGCUCAACUCUGGGUAGGAAGAGCGACUCUCACUUCACUUCAGAGGACCUUAAAUCUCUGGGCUAUCACAUCUGUGACACGCUGCUGGAUUUCUGUGACCCUGACCGCUCCAAGUUUCUGCAGUGUCUGUCUGAGCUCCAGGAGCUGCUUCAGCAGCAAAUCCAUCGAAAGCUCAAGGAUCUGGGCCGUGGGCAGGACUCAGACGGUGCCUGGAGUGACAUCUCCCUGUCAGACAUUGAGUCCAGCACCAGCGGCUCCAACAGCUCCCAGUCCGACGGCCUCCCUGCUCAUUUACUCAGCGUGGCAGAGAAGUUCCAUCAGAAGAAGAAGCGGCUGCGGACGAGGAAGGAGAGGAACGAGCUGCGUCAGAAGUACGCCUCGAGCCAGGGGGUGACAUGCCAAGAGAAGACCCCGGUGGCAGGGGAGAGAAGGUUGGGGAGCCCCACCUGCCGGACCCACCAGCCUGUCAGUGCCGCGGCUCUGUGCAUGGAGGACAGCUGUGGCAAACAGGGCAAGACUCCAGAAGCUGGCCUCAUUUCAGAUUUGCAGAGGAGAGAACCUAACGCCAGCCAGGAGGAGCAACCAGGUCUGGGUGCAAAGUGGUCUUGGCACACGUUGCAUGGUAGAAAGGAAGAGCGUCUGUGGGAGCGUAAGUGUCACCAGCACAGUCCUGGGCCUGAGCGCCUGUGGAAGGCCCAGCAGCCCCAGCCCCUGCUUAUCACCAUGCUGACCCCGCCGCAGCCCCAGAGACCCGCCGACGCCUUGCCCAUCAGAGAGCACCUCCUGCCCUUCCAUUUCCAGCUGGACGGAGAGCCCCACGGCAGUCAGCAUGCAGGCAGCUCAACGUUGGCGCAUUCUGCAUCCACGGUUGGAACCAGCCCAUGCAGGUCUGUGUGGUGGGGCCCCGAGCAGCCCGCUGUGACUCUACUGCUGAGCAGAAACCUCUUCCCGAGACCCCAGCUCCCUGGCCGGAGAGCGCCCGUUGGACCCCACACGCUGAAGCGGAGUCAAUUGCAGCACCUUCUGCCUCCCAGACAAGUGACGUGGAGCCUGCUGGAGUUCCAGCCCCCCUGCGCAGAGCCAGAGAGACGCAAGAGCCCCUCCUGGCCCCAGUAAGGGGCUGCAGGGCUGGGGCUCUCCCUGCCAGAGCCCCCUCCCUCCUGCUUGGCUGCAUUGGCAGGCUCAUUAAAGGGCUUUGGAACAGUCA